UUCUAAAUUAUAUUUUCAUAAUUUUUAACAAAAGGUUGAGGUAUCCGUUCCAAUGCAACAGAUGCUAGAAAAGACUGCCGAAAGAUUAUGCGUAGCUGUUACAUCAGAUUGACCCAAAACUGCUAUGAAUAGUAUAGAGUUGUCGGUAACGACUGGAUUUGAUGGUGCCUCUGGCUAUGUUAACCCUCAGCAGAAAUUUUACGAUGAGGAGAAUGAUGACCGAAGUCCAUAUCAGUCGCUAUUUGUAUGCGGAGCUCUAAUUAUCCAACUUAAAAAUCUGUCCAGUCCGAAAUACCUCUGGAAUAAUCCUACACCUCAAAGCUACCGUUUUUUUCGGCCCUUGAAAAUCGCACAUCAAAAAGAAGACAAUGAAAUGGCUCUCGAAGAAUACAAUCGUUUGGGCGAAGAAAUUAAACACCUUAAGCCUUUCAAAUUUACAAUGGGCAAAGGCGUUACAGUGAUGGUUGAAUUUUCAGUAUCAAGAACCCUUUUCGAUGGGAAAAAUGUGAACGCGAUUGUAGGAAACAAAGCCACUCAAAGAUGCCCAAUGUGUCUAAUAACAUCCCACAAUUUCAACAAUCAAAAUGUUUUCAUACCAAAGGAAGGCUCACUAUCCCAUGGCUUGGGCCUUUUACACUGUGAAAUAAAAAUUUUCGACCAUCUGCUUCAUAUUGCUUAUAAACAAGAAGUGAAAGUAUGGGAUGUCACCAAAAACAUAAAAGAGUCUGUUGAUUUGUACGCUGGUCAAGUGAGAGAUAGAUUAUAUAAUGCUUUUAAAAUCAGAGUGGAUCAAGUAAUACAAGGCAAAGGGACAUCCAACAAUGGAAAUCUUGCCCGAAAAUUCCUUGAUAGACCCAAACACUUUGCCAACGCUUUAGAUAUUGACGAGGAGUUAGUUUGCAAUCUCGCUACUAUCACUAAAGUUUAUAGAAGUGCGUUGGAGAUUGAAGUAGAGGAGCUUAAAAAGUUUAGUGAUUUUACUUAUAAACUCCACUAUAUAAAAUAUGCAUGGGCUCGCAUGAACCCUUCCAUGCAUAAAAUUUGA